AUGUGGAAACUACCGAUAAACUUCAUUACCCUGCACUAUGCGUGGAUCAUCAUCACCGGUCUCCUCGCCCUGGUUGUUAUCUACCCUUACGGCAACGUCUCCGCCAUAGACGCCUGGUUCUUUGGCGCCAGCGGAUCCACUGAAUCUGGUCUCAACACUGUCGACGUGAAAGACCUGAAAAUUUACCAGCAGCUGUACAUCUAUGUUAUACCCAUCAUCACCAACCUCGGAUUUAUCAACAUCGUGGUAGUCGCCGUUCGCCUGCGCUGGUUUGAGAAACGCUUCAAAGUGGUUGCAAGAUCAUGCCCGAAGCCGAAUCACACACGAGACAUCGAGGCUCAAAUCACAGCCAUUGUAGCGGAGAGGUCCGACAACCGGAAUGCCGAGACCGAGCCGGCCGAACUGAAUGCAGCCACCGAUAAGGCGGAUGAGCCCGUUGAAUUUAUCUCGGGACCCCGCAUCACGUUUGACCAAAAUGUAAAGAAGCCGCGCAGCGAUUCGACCUUGUAUAUCCCGCCGCCGAGGGAGCGCGACGAUGGCCAUCCUUUCGUAGAUAAGAACAACAUUGCCAGCGGCGACGAAGAUGACGACGACGAUGCCAUCAAGCCAGCAGGGCCUAGCGGUCUAACGCGAAGACACGUAUACCGACACGAUGACGAGCACAGCAUAUCUCGCAGCAAGUCCGUUGACCAGGUCGCUGCCUCCCUGUUCGUCAUCGGAAACACCAGGAUCGCGUCUCCGAGGCAAUCUACUUCGAGCUCGCGCUGGGCCGAUCUGCCCUACCUUUCCAAGCAGGUUACGCUCGGAAGGAACUCCAACUUCUACGGCCUUAGUUCCCAAGAUCGGGAGCGGCUCGGCGGCGUCGAGUAUCGAGCCUUGAAACUACUGUUGAAGAUCGUUUCUGGCUAUUUCGUUGGGCUUCACCUCUUUGGGGUGCUUUGCUUGCUGCCAUGGAUCCAUCGCUCAGCAGCGAAAUACACUGACUGGCUCGAAGAGUGCGCGCAGGACAAGACCUGGUGGGCCUUCUACUCAGCUCAGACCAUGGUAAACAACCUCGGCUUCACCCUGACCCCCGACUCGAUGGUCACCUUCAGGGACGCCACUUGGCCCAUGCUGGCUACAACCUUCCUCGCAUACGCAGGCGAGACCUUCUACCCGGUUUUUAUGCGCCUCAUCAUCUCGACCAUGUCCAAACUCACACCGAAGCAGUCGUCCAUGAAGGAGACACUCCAGUUUCUCUUGGACCACCCGCGACGGUGUUGCAUGCUCCUUUUCCCCAGCAGGCCGACCUGGAUCCUCUGCGGCAUCCUUGUUGUCAUGAACUUCGUCGACGUGCUCUUGAUUAUCGCCCUCGACCUCGACAACCCUGCGGUCAACGACUUGCCGAUGGGUCCACGCAUACUUUCGGCGCUGUUCCAGGCGGCUUCGUCUAGGCACACCGGCACGUCGACGUUCAACCUCGCUCAGGUCAACCCCGCCGUGCAGUUUAGCCUGCUAGUGAUGAUGUACAUUGCCGUCUUCCCGAUCGCCAUCAGCAUCCGGGCGUCGAAUACGUACGAAGAGAGGUCGCUUGGCGUGUAUGAGCAAGAGCUGACGCCGGAUGAGUCGAACGGCAAGUCGUAUGUUCUGAUGCAUAUCCGGAACCAGCUUAGCUUCGACCUGUGGUAUAUCUUCCUCGGCACCUUCUUUAUUUGCAUCGCCGAGUCCGCCAAGAUCGCUGACAUCAAUGAGCCUGCUUUCUCCGUCUUCUCGGUCUUCACCAACGUCGGCCUCUCCCUCGGCCAUCCCGCAGUAAUGACAUCUCUCUCGGGGCAGUUCACAACCAUCAGCAAAGUCGUUGUCUGCGCGAUGAUGAUCCGGGGACGCCAUCGCGGACUGCCCUAUGCUAUCGACCGGGCCGUGUUACUGCCGGGUGAGCGUGAGCACCAGGGUUCGCGGGGGCGCUAG